GCUGACCGAGGGCUUGUGUGUAUAUAUAGAACAAAAUAAUAAUCUCCAAAAAAUCAGUGGAUGAGUUCAGUGAACAGCGAAAAAUUGCAUCCAAUGGGAACGGAAGCAGUAGAAGAUAAAAGAGGGCCGUACUUGGUGUGGGAAGACUUAACAGUGGUUGCUCACCAAGACUUGACUUCAACCAGAAAGCUGCUGAGUGAGCUGAGUGGUUAUGCUGCACCUAAUCGGAUCAUGGCCCUCAUGGGUCCUUCUGGCUCCGGCAAAUCCACCUUGCUCGAUGCUUUGGCUGGCAGACUCUCGGCAAAUGUUAAAAUGUCUGGAAAUGUGUCGUUGAAUGGGAAGAAAAGAAGCACAGACUGGCGAGACGUAUCUUAUGUAACACAAGAAGAUAUUUUCCUUGGAACUCUCACAGUCAGAGAAAUAAUCACAUAUUCAGCUCAUUUGAGGCUUCCUACUAAAAUGACCAAAGUUGAAAAGAACGAGAUAAUAGAGAAUACAAUCUCCAAAAUGGGUCUCCAAGAUUGUGCGGAAACUAAGAUUGGAAACUGGCAUUUGAGAGGUAUUAGUACUGGGGAAAAGAGAAGGCUAAGCAUUUGUUUGGAGAUUUUGACACAACCCCACGUCUUGUUUCUUGAUGAACCAACAAGUGGCCUAGAUAGUGCUUCAGCUUUCUUUGUCAUAAGGGCUUUACGAAACAUUGCUCAUGACGGAAAGAUUGUCAUUUGUUCUAUUCACCAACCAAGCAGUGAUGUAUUCGAUUUCUUCGAUGAUCUGGUCCUCCUCUCCGGUGGGCAAACUGUUUACUUUGGAGAAUCAAAAAUGGCUGUGAAGUUCUUCGCUGAUGCCGGAUUUCCUUGUCCAACAAGAAAAAAUCCUCCAGACCACUUCCUCAGAUGCAUUAGUUCAGAUUUUGACAAAAUAUAUGCAACUCUAAAGCAAUCUCAAAAGAAUUAUGAAUCAACAAUGAAUUUGACAACAGAACAGAUCAAAGCAACACUCAUCCAAAAAUUCAAGUGUUCUGAAUUUUCGAUGGAUGCCACGAAAAGGAUCCGACAAAUCAAGCUCAUUGAACAACCUCCUAAUGAAUCAAACAAUGGGAGUGCAGCCGGAUGGUGGAACCAGCUAUGCACAUUGACAUGUCGGUCUUCACUAAACAUGUCUAGAGAUAUAGGAUACUACUGGUUAAGGAUUGUGUUCUAUAUCUUGGUAUCAGCAAGUGCAGGCAGCUUCUUCUUCAACAUUGGUACCGGCAAUCGGGCAAUCUUGACGAGAGGAAAGUGUGAUGGCUUCAUCUACGGCCUCAUGAUAUGCUUGGUUAUAGGAGGCAUACCUUUCUUCAUCGAAGAGCUAAAGGUAUUUAGGCGUGAAAGAUUGGGAAGGCACUAUGGAGAAGCAGUGUUUGUUCUUUCCCACUUCAUUUCGUCAUUCCCAUUUGUCGUCGCCAUAGCUAUAUCUUCAGGAACUAUACUUUACUAUAUGGUUAAUUUUCAUCCCGGAUUUUCUUACUACUGCUAUUCUUGUAUCAACCUUUUUCUCUGCAUUGCCGUUUCGGAAGGUUGUAUGUUAAUUGUUGUAGCUCUGGUUUCCAACCUAUUGAUGGCCAUAGGAAUAGCUGCUGGUGUCAGUGUAUUCAUGAUGAUGCCGUCAAUUAUUUUCCGGAAGCUGUCUGAAAUUCCCAAAUUCUUUUGGCGUUACCCAAUAUCAUAUCUGAGUUAUGCUGCAUGGUCAACGCAGGGUCAGUACAAAAAUGACAUGAUUGGGCUUGAAUUUGAUCCUCCGACGGCCGGAGAACCAAAGCUGAAGGGCGAGAUAAUACUCCAGGACAUGUUUGGAAUUCAGCCGGACGUUUCAAAAUGGUGGGACUUGAUUGCUCUGUUUUGCUUGUUGGUUCUACAACGAAUAGUGUUCUAUAUGGUGCUGAAAUACAAGGAAAGAGCAUGGCAACUUGUAAACAAACAUUUUGCUAAUAUACCUUUCAACCAACACCAAGUCAAGAGCGAGAAAUUCAUCAUCUCCAAGAGACACCAAACUCUCAUUCCGUUGUCUUCUCAAGAAGGCCUUGGAUCUCCAUUGCCAUAGCUACGCUUUUUCGUCCUAGUGGAAACCGUAUCUAUACUAUUACAAGAGAUAUCACAGCAUCUAAUUUAAUAAAAUUUUCAAAUCGUGUAUCUGCUCUUUAUAUUAUUCUUAAUGAUAUUGAUAAUUAAGAUCUUAAUUUAAAUAUGUUGUUUCGUCGGGCAAAGAAUGGCAAACCAUCAUUUCCUCUACCAAAGAUCCAAUGUUGAAUCCUGCACCCCAUACAAAAGAAUAUUUUGUUUUAAUGUUUUUUUUUUUCUUUUAAUUUUAUGAUAAUGGACAUAUUAAUUAUUUUUAUAUAAGUAAGGCAGGAAACUUACCAAAGUCGAUAAGGCCUUGCAAUUUAAUUUGGA